UAAAUUUUCAAUUAAAAUUAAAGGAACUGCGCCAAAAAAUUAUUCAAACAUAAUUAUUAAAUUUUAAAUAAAAACAUUUUAGAAUAAUAAAAUAAAAAACUACAUAGCUACAUAUUACAUAUUUUAUGUAUGUGGAAUUUUGUUAUAUUAAAAAGUGAAAACCUCAUUUAAGUACAUUGAUCUAAGUAAUUACAUAGAAAAUAAACAAAAAAGAAAAAAACCAGCCCCCAAAGUAUAUAAAACAAAAAUAAAAAUAAACUUUGUAUGUAACUUUAUAUAUGCAUAAAUUUAUGUGUAUGUGCCUAAAAUUAUCAACUUGUUUUGGAAAAUAAAAACAAGAAUAAUAUAAACAUUAAAAAUUUACAAAAAAUUUAAUGAAAGGAAUUUUUAAUUGCUACUAAAAUAUAUUUAAUUAUAUUCAUUAACUAACUAGAAAGACAAGUAAAAAAAAAAAUUGAAGAGUGGAAAAAUGGAUGUCUGCGGAAUAUUUUACGGUGAUUCUAACAUGACAUACGGUUCAAUGCGAAGUGGUUUAUAUCGGGAUUAUGAACAAUUUCCAUAUGGAACUUUGGAGAAUACAAAAACUUUUCCGUUCAAGGAUUCUUAUAGUAAAGUUAAAGAAAAAUGUGAAAUGGUUAAAACACAAAAGAAUGGAAAACAAGUUUGUCCUUUUUGUAAGGAGCAUAAAAAACGUCCCCUGAUUUCUUAUUUACGAAGAAGAGAUAUCCAAAAGAAUCAAGAAAAAAUUUGCGAGGAAGAAGAAGAAGAAGAAGAAGGAGUAGAAGAAAAUAUUAAUGAUGAACAACAAGUGAACAAUAUAAUUAAACAUUGUACAAGAGAAAACAGGAAACAUAAUCAUUCUCAUGAAUUACCAACAGUAUCAGAAUCAAAUGACAAAACAAAAUUAUAACUUUAAAUUAAGAUUGAAAUAAAAAACAAAAAAAAAAUUAUUAAAAUUAUUAUAAUUUUAUAUAAUAAUUUUAAGGUUGUAUAAACAGCGAAAUGAUCAAAACUAAAAAAUUAAUAUGUACACAUAAAAUUUGUAAUAUUAAAAAAAAAGAAAAAUAAUAGUACUCCGAUAAUUGAAAAAAAAAAUAUAAUUAUUUUUACCCUCUUAUUGCGAAAUUUAAGAUUUUAUAUUAUUUAAAAUAAACUACAUUAUUUAAUGUAAAUUCAAUUACUUUUAUAAUAUCAAAAUUUAUUAAUUAAAUUAAAAAACAAAAUUUGGUAAUAACACAAUAAAAAAAUAUAUAAUUUUUUUUUU